AUGGGGCAGCUCACACUUAAUGCUGCUGCAGACCUCAGCCUUAAGGAACAGGUCUGCAUUGCAAAGAAAGGCUAUGGGGAAGAAGCCAGCAGUAAAGAAGACAGCUCAGAAUGCUUCGCUGCUGACCAGGUCUUCAGUUCCAGGCACUAUGCAUUAAGGCAGCAAAGCAGAUACAUACUGGCAUGUGAGCCGUUUCGCUGGUUGCAAAGGGAUCGCUCAGCUGCCUUAAAGGUAAUCAAGUCUCCAGUGUUGCUCUCCAGCAUUAAGAUUGUUCCUGUACAGAAGGCAAAGGUGUUGAGUCCUGUGGACUUGCUGAAGAAGUAUUACUUGGGCACCCCUGUAUCCCCAGUGCCCCUGAAGGUGGUUCUGGCCCUGGAGCAGUUGAGCAAGUUGAAGCCCUCUUUAGGAAGCAAAGAUGUACGUGAAAUGUUGACUCUGUGCUGCAAGAACAUUGUGUCACAUCCUUCAGCAGAGAUGAUGCUGAAGAUCAGGGAGUCACAUCAAGCAGCACAGUACCUGCAGCUUCUGCAAACAUCGUUGAAAGCUCUGGGCCAGCUCAUGGUGGUCCUGCUUGAGACAGAGACCACCCGUGGCUUCUUCCAGAACAUAGUCCAUGUUCUGCAGAGAUCAGUGACCUCAAACAACGUGUGGGAGCGCAAGAGGGCCCUGCAGACCUGCUCCCAGCUGCUGGCUGCUUGUGAAGAGCUUCCGGUGAGUAAAGAGCCCCACUGCAUGCUCCCUGCUCCCUCCCCAGUGCUGGAAGGCGAGUUCCACCCAGCUGUGCAUGCUGUGUCAUGGCAUGGGGAAGGCACAGGUGCCCUGUGCAAGGAGCUGAUUCCAUGA